CUAACUCAACUUUCUCCUAAACCGUUCUUCCGCUAUUUUCUGUUUGUUUCCGUUAUGGGGAACUGUUGUCCCAAGCCGGAAAAAUUAACGGCGGAGAUUGUUCCGCACGACGGAGCUAAAGUUUAUCCGACGGUCCGUUUGUACGGUUCGCCGAAGAGCAUCGUCGCUGCUUACCUUCGUUUCGCGCUUCUCCACAAGUCUGUUUCGUUGGAAUUUGUUCCAUCCAACGAAACGCCGUCGGAGCGCGACGGAGGAUCCGACCCGGUUAGACUCCAGGUAGGGUCCGAGGUUGUUACGGGUUCCCGUGAGACGCUGCUGCGGUUUAUUGACGCGCGGUUCCCUGGUCCAUCGGUGGAGGCAGCUGCUGGUGGCGGAGAAGUGGGGAGGGAAGAUGAAACGACGCCGUUGCUGGUGAGGAUGACGGUGCUGCAUCACAGGAGCAUGUUGAGGCAGUUGGAGAGUGUGGUGAGGUGGGCGGAGGAUCUGGCGACACGUGGAGGGAAGAAGGCGAUUGAUCCAACGGUGGGAAGCCCUAGGAUGGAGAUUAGGAAAUUCGGGAGGAGCUACUCCGAGGUGCUUGAGGUUCUAAUGGAGCACGCUCAGAUGGAAGAAACUAUCCUAUUCCCUCUCUUCGAUAAGGCUGAUCGAGGGCUCACCAAAGCUGCAAAGGAAGAACAUGCUAGGGAUCUACCUAUCAUGAAUGGAAUCAAAGAAGACAUAAAAUCAGUUGGGGUUUUGGACUCUGGCAGCCCUGAUUUUCGAGAGGGUUUGUACAAUAUUUCUGCUCGCCUCAAGUUAUUACAAGGACAGUGCAAGCAACAUUUCAUGGAAGAGGAGGUGGAAUUGCUUCCGUUUAUGGAGGCAUUGGAGUUGAGCAAAGAGCAAGAGGUGAGUACAUUGGAACAAUGCUUUGAUGUGAUGCGCGAAACACAUGGGCGUCUGUUGAAGUUUCUGCUCGAAGGGCUGCCAGCUCAUGAUGCCAUCAAGUACUUGGAGUUAAUCAAUAAGUGCAGGGACAAAGCCAGAAUGGAAUCCAUGCUCCAAAUGAUUCUUAAGUGAGCAACAAAUCUUACUCAAAGUCAUUGGUCCUACCAUUAUGAGCACAUGGAUGAUGUACUUGGAAUCAUGCUUUGAAAAUAAUAGAUGUAAAGUUAGAAAUUUUUAGCCUCUUAUACUAAAUGAAGCACCGAGCACGUGAAUGAAACAUUCUUCUAGUGCAUCUUAGCCUGGACUAACAAUAUCAUUUCGAAAAAUAGGGAGUUUUAUUUUCUUUCUCUUGCCCCCUUCAUGAUAGUUUCCAUAAGGUUGUCAUGAAAAUAUGUUCCUAAAGUAUGUACAUCUAAGUUUCUGUACUACAGACUACCAGUGUAUUCAAAACUCAAAGGUACUAUGUCAAGUAACAUGUUAGUUUGCAAUGUGUUGAAAUUCUUUUCCAAA